CCCGACCUCGCCGGAUAAAACGGCCGAGAGAAGGAAAGCGCCGACCCGCGGCCCCGCUGGCACCGGUCCUCCGAACAAGCCGCGGCCGAGCGCGGGGCCCGGCAGCCGGGGGGUGGGACGCGGAAGUGCCGCGGCCGGCGGUGCUGCCCGGCAGGAGGGCGGGAGACGGGAGCGCUCUCCAGGGGCGGGCACCGUGGCGGCGCGGCACAGGAUGCUGGGGCUGGCGGCGGGGCUACUGGCGGCAGCCGCCGUGGCGCUGCUGCUGGACUGGUACGGGCCGUCGGGGGCGCCGCCGGCCGCGGGGCAGCGCCGCCGCUGGGCCCCGCAUCCCGCCCCCGGCGCGGCGGCCGCCGGCCUGCUGUGGGUCGUGCAGGUGUCAGAUAUUCAUAUCAGCAAAUUUUGGGAUCCCAAACGAGCUCCCGACUUCGAAAAAUUCUGUUCUGAAACAAUUGACAUAAUUCAACCCGCACUUGUUCUAGCAACAGGUGACCUGACAGAUGCUAAGACAAGAGAUAAACUGGGGUCUGAGCAGGUAGAAGAAGAGUGGAAAACUUACCAGUCAAUCCUGAAGAGAUCAAGAGUCAUGGAAAAAACCAAGUGGAUAGACAUCAAAGGGAAUCAUGAUUCAUUCAACAUUCCACACCUGGAUAGCGUUCAGAAUUAUUACAGGAAAUACUCUGCCUGGCGUAAAGAUGGCUCUUUCCAUUACAUCCACACUACCUCCUUUGGGAACUAUUCAUUCAUCUGCGUGGAUGCCACACUCAGCCCAGGCCCUAAGAGACCCUAUAAUUUCUUUGGGAUUUUAAACACGAAUCAAAUGGCAGAGCUAUCUUUGAUGGCAACAGAAAGUCUGCACAGCAACCAUACUAUCUGGUUUGGCCAUUAUACCACCUCAACAAUCAUCUCCCCAGCCCCAGGAAUACGAACAUUAAUGAGUUCUGCCACAGCCUAUUUAUGUGGACAUCUCCAUACAAUGGGUGGGCUUAUGCCAGUGUUGCACAGUCAGCACCGUGGUGGCACUCUGGAACUCGAACUGGGAGACUGGAUGGAUAAUAGAAAGUACCGGCUCCUUGCAUUUGACCACGACCUCCUUAGUUUUGCAGAUCUUAACUUUGAAGAAUGGCCUGUAGUUCUCAUCACCAAUCCCAAGUCCUUCCUUUACAGCAGUUCUACUCAUGAACCAUUAGUCAAAAUCCUUCAUUCCACUCAUAUCAGAAUUCUGGCAUUCUCUCCUUCUGUCAUUGUCUCCGUCAAAGUCUACAUAGACAGAGUUCACUUGGGGAAUGCGCAUCAGGUGUCUGGUCCUCUCUAUGUGCUGAAGUGGAGCCCACAAAACUACAGUGAAGGGUACCAUCACAUAGAUGUGACUGUCCAGGAUGCUUCGGGAAGAAUUGGCACGCGGGGCCAUAUAUUUGCUAUGGAAGAAAACCUCUCUCUUAGAUUUGACUUUUGGCCAUCUGUGAUUCUUCUCACUGACCACUAUGUUUUAGCUCGUGUGCUCUUUGGACUGAUUGUGCUGAUUCAGAUCACCUUGCUUGUUGUUUUCAGAUACCUCCAAAAGCCAGUACUCAAAGAAAAGCCAGGAUUAUUUACUCUGACUUCAUACUCUCUUCAUGUCUUCAGUAAAACAAACACCUUCUAUUACUCAAUUCUGGUUCUGAAUUUAUACACCAUUCUGGGACCGUGGUUUGUAGGUGAACUGAUAGAUGGCCAGUGGGGGGCCUGUUUUUCCUUUGGGGUGUUCGUUGGUGGUUCCUUCUUACAGGGCAGUGUGACAUUUGUGGUUGGGAUUUUGCAGAUGUUGUUUUUCAACCUGCCAUUAAUGGCCUAUCUGUGCUGGUGCCUGUUUUUGCGAUGCCGGGGUCACAGCUUCCGCUCUCACAUCCGUCACGUCCGACGCCUCACGGCUGUGCUUGUUCACCUGGCGAUGGCACUCCUCCUGGCCUGGCAGGUCUAUUCCUGCUACUUCCUACAACGAACCUAUGGGACCUUGGCUUUCUUCCUCUCCCCAAUGAGAAUGUGGCUGGUGGCACUGACCUCAGCUCUCAUUUAUAAAACCUGGACACUGAAAUCAUCUGAGCUCAGAACUUACAUAGUAGAAAUGAAAAACUGUCAGAGCUCCUGAAGUACAGUAUAAUUAUUCCAAAUUCUUUGUCUUAAAAACUGUCGAGGUACAACCUAUCGUUUUGUGAUGCUGGAAUUCCAUGCAGCUCAACCACUAGGUAGUAAGAUCUGAAGUUGCACCUGCACUGCUACAGAACUGUAUUAAAUAGUAAAUGUACAACAAGAUGUAGUACAUAGUUUUCUUGUAUUAUACCAUAUACUGUAUAAUAUAUGUUAUACAAUACAGUUGCACAUUCAGUCAAAUGUAUAAUAGUGGGUUCUUUGUGAUACAGAACAUGGAUAUGUCUGGACAUGUUUGUCUAUUACUGUGAAUGGAAAAAUAUUUUUGAUUUAUUAAAAUUUUUAUUUUUAUAAUGCUGGGAAAAGUGAGCAUAAAUCUUGAUAAUGAGCUUCAGGAUUUUUGCUGAACUUUGAUUUUUAUUUCAAGAUUUACAAGAUUUUUACAAGAAUAACUACAAGACUAGACCAGAUGUCUUUAUGAAGUAAUAGUGGUUGCAGAGGUGCUAUGGUGGCCUUCACAGUAAGAGUCCUAUGCUUAUACAUUUUCAGUGCAUAAUGCUAUAUACAAGCAGAUUAUAGGCUGUUAGGUGUGUAUAUGUGUGUUUGUGGUCGUGUUUACCUGAGCUGUGGCCUAUUGCUCUUGUUUCCAAUUCUCCCACACCUGACCAGUGAAAAGACAGUGAAAGAUCAAUGUUGCUGGGAUUUUCACCUGUAGUCAGAGUUCAACGUCAAAGGGAGACCAUGUCCUCAGGAUGGGAGAUCCUGGAGGAACUAUGUGGUCUGGUGCCUACAAUGUCUGUAACUGAGCAGGUCAGGCUUGUGUUUCUGAGUCUCAGUCAAAUGCACUGAAGAGUGACCUAAGGGAACUCCUUUUUUUGUUUUCACUUUUUUUGAAGUCCAAAAAUGAUAGUACAAUUAGUUACAUUUAUGAAGAAUGCAAGGAUCCAGAGCCAAGAGAGCCAAGGUGCCUUGAUUUGUAAAGGAAAACACUGGGUUGCUUUACAGAAGACUGCUGUGAGUAGAAUAUUUAAAAUACUUCAGGUAAUAUUACAGUAAUUUAUUUAUGGCUCCUCAAAAGAAAAAGGAGAGGUAACUUACUUAGGGCACCUGUGACUGUAGUAGAACAUAGGAAAAUAAACUGAAUUGGAAGAAAAUGUUGACUACAACAAAGACUUUUUGUUAUUUCUAAAAGAUGACAGUUUUCCUACUCUUUGUGUUCUUCAAUGACUGAUGAUUAUAAUAGAGCUCUCAUUUGCAUAAGUUAAAUACACUGUUAAGACAAUACAGAAUGUCAUUUGUUGCUACAUAAGUUUGUUUUGCAAAGCUGUUAGAAAAUCAGAGGCAGGGCACAAAAUGUAUUUGUGAGAAAUGCUACUGAAAAAUUAAUAAUGACAUUUCACAAUUACUUUUAUGUGAUAAGGGAGCCUAAGAACUGGCAAUAAAAUACUUCGUAUUUCUACCCUGUGACAA